CUCUGGUCCCGGGUCCCGAGUCCCGAGUCCGGACCCUGCGAAAUGACCCGGAGGAGCUUCUCCCGAGCGAGCGCUCCUACCGGCGACAGCUCACGUCUGCACAGAUGUUCUUCCUCUCCGCGCUCGGUGGGAUCCAUCCACAGACCGGAUCACCUUGUCUUCGGGACGCCUCCGCUGUGAUCGGGAUGCCCACUCAGAAAGAAUGCCACGUUUGUAAGAAAAAAAUUGGGGUAGCCAGCAAGACGUGCGGGCACUGCGGUGCCAAGCAGCCGUACAAGCAAAAGCUGGAGAAGAUAAAGAAAAAACUCGCCCACGGCUGGAAGGAGAGGCAGAAAAAAAACAGCAGCGUCAACAAAGUAUACGAUGCCACAAAUCUGCUGCUGCACAAGUGGGAACUUCUGGAGCGACAUCCGAUGCUCCUUCUCGCCAGGAGAACCACGAACGGGUUUUUAGCUGAGUGCUUCUGUCCGUGGCAAAUGAAUGCACAAGAUACCAAAGAUGCCCUAGUCACGAUAAAGAGGAUUUAUGAAAGUCUUCUCAACGUGACGGUGCCAGCUGAGCCGGCAGCCGAGAUGGGGGGGCCUCCGGCAGCGGACGGCGAGGAGCCUCCGGCCACUCAGACAGAGACUCCGCCACCGGACCAGCAUGUCCUCCCGGCCAACACCGAUUCCACCGCCGCACCUCUGCUCAGACCAGAGUUGGACACCGAAUUCACCUUUGUGCUCAGUCCCGGGUCCUCGUCCCUGGCCUCUCCUGUGCCCUCCUCCUCCCAGAUCCCUCCUGAUUCCUCCCCCUCCUCCCUGACCCGUCCUGUGUCCUCAGCCUCCCCAACCCCUCCAGUGUCCUCCUCCCUGGCUUCGCCCGUGUCAUCAGCCCUUUCUGUUUCUUCCAAGCUGUCCUCUCCCGUGUCCACUCGGCUGGACACCCCUGACUCACUAUCGUCCUCGUGGAAAAGAGCGCAAGCGAGAAGGAAACUAGACCCCAGCGGUACGUGUGGGUUUAUCAGCGUAGUGCCCCAUUCACCAAGGCUCCAGCAGCUUCCCCUACAAACAGAUACUGGGGGAAAGAAUCAGGGAGGUUUGUAAUCCAGAAACGCUUUUCCAAUUACUAGAAGAGUCAUAAAGCGAUGAUACGACCACCCCUGUGGAAUCACACAGUAUAAUGGCCCAAGAGAAAUCAUUCUAAGUCAUGAUUCUUUGUGUCAGCAGAGGGUUUUAGCUGGUCCAUAGCCAAAGACUGCAGGUACCGCCGGAGAAAAGUCCCUGUGCCAAUUGUUGAGUGAUGGUGUGAUUUCAAAAUGUCAGUUCGGCUUGAGAACGAUUCCUGUAAAGCUGGGUGUCGGUUUUCAACCACUCAUUUUACGAAGCAAAGUCUCGCUUCAUAAAUUCAUAAGUUUUGAGUGUGAAACGUUAUUGGUGACCAUGGUAGUAUAGCAGUUUGCCAGAAUUAAAAAGUCAAGACCCACAGUUUCUACAUCAGUAUUUGUACAUUAGUAUUAAUAUAUGUAAAUAAACUGCCCCCUGAUUUUUGAAAGCUUUAUAUGUGAUGGAGUCAGUCCUCCUUUACAGUUCAGAAGCAUGUACAGUAUGUCAGUCUGCCUUCUAUGCUUAUUUGUUGAGAGAAAAUGUGGUGACAUUUUUUUUUUUCCCCUUUCUGUCUUC